AUGGAAAAAAUAAAUUUUGCUCUGAAAUUUGAACUUCUGCGUCAUUCAGAUCCAGCUCGACUGGUGGUUCGGCCGGACUCGUCGACGGUUAUUGCCGACACCAGGAUCAGCUUCUUCUGUCGUGCUGACGAUCCAGCUCGACUGGUGGUUCGGCCGGACUCGUCGACGGUUAUUGCCGACACCAGGAUCAGCUUCUUCUGUCGUGCUGACGGUAAUCCACUGCCGAAUGUUAUAUGGAAAAUCAAUGGAAAAUCUCUUAUCGACUCUAGGUAG